AUGAAUUCACGCUGUUGGCAUCGAUUUUUACAUUUAGAAGAUGCAUCAUCAAGUAAGAUUUCUCAAUCAAGUCAAAAAACUUUGACUUCAUUUUUCUCUCGAACAUCAACAACACCGAUUCAAGGGGAUCUAAAACGGAAAUUUAGUUCAUCAGAAUGUGAAACCAACGAUUCUGAUCCACCUUCCAAACUUCCAUUCAAUGACGAGAAUAAAUCGCCUUCUUCUAAUACGACAGUUUCAUCACCAUCAACUACUAAAAUACCAACUCUCAAACCUUUAUCAUCACCAUUAAACAACAAUUCAUCUAAUUUAAUUCAAAACAGAAAUUCUUUAUGCAAAUUAUCACAAUUGGAUAAAGUAGCUGUAAAUAAAAUGAUCGCUGAGUGUCGACGACGUCUAACUAAUCGAUCUAAUAAAAAUGUUCUACAUUUAAUUCAAGGUAUAUCAAAUGAAUGGUUCGGUAUAUUAUUGGAACAAAUUGAACAUAAUAAAUUUCAACAAUUAGCUGAUUUUAUUCAUAAAGAACAAACCAAUGGAAUGACAAUUUAUCCACCGAUUGAACAAAUUUUCACAUGGACUAAAUUAUGCUUACCAACAGAUAUACAUGUUGUAAUUCUAGGACAAGAUCCAUAUCAUGGACCAAGACAAGCACAUGGUUUAGCAUUUUCUGUAUGUCGACCAGUACCAGCACCGCCAAGUCUUAUCAAUAUGUACAAAGAAAUUAGUUCAAGUAUGAUGAAUUUGACAAAUUCCACUGGUAAUUGGCCACCAAAACAUGGUGAUUUAACUGGAUGGGCUAAACAAGGUGUACUAUUAUUGAAUGCUGUAUUAACUGUUCGUGCUUCAACACCGAAUUCGCAUAAAGAUAAAGGAUGGGAAUUUCUAACCGAUGCAGCUAUUCGUUAUUUAAAUAAAAAUAGAAAUAAUUUAGUUUUUAUGCUUUGGGGUGCAAGUGCUCAAAAACAAGGUCAAUCAAUUGAUCAUAAAUGUCACCUGGUGCUCAAUGCCCCACAUCCAUCACCUUUAUCCGCUAAUCGUGGUUUCUUUGGUUGUGGACAUUUUGUCAAAGCGAAUGAAUAUUUAAAACAACACGGUAUUGAACCAAUUGAUUGGACUAGAUUAGAUUAA